ACAGCAUCGAAAAGGAAAGUGAAAGCAAAACUUUCAACUUCAAUAAAAUUUGGUGCACAAGCAGGACACAGCAGACAGCACCAUGACUGAGUUUCAUGAAGAACUCAAGCCUGGAGACCUGAUUGAGAUUUUCCGCAUUGGCUAUGAGCACUGGGCCAUCUAUGUGGGAGGCGGUUAUGUGAUCCAUCUGACUUCCCCAAGUGAGUACCCUGGCGCCGGCUCCAGCAGCGUCUUCUGUGUGCUGAGCAACAGAGCCGUGGUGAGACGGGACCGCCUGCAGGAUGUGGUGGGGAACUGCAGGUAUAGGGUCAACAAUCACUUGGACCACAAAUAUACACCAAGGCCUGUGAAUGAGAUCAUCUGCUCUGCAAAGCAGAAGAUUGGUCAGGAGAUGCCAUACAGUCUUCUGAGCAGAAACUGUGAGCAUUUUGUCACCAACCUGAGGUAUGGUGAACCCCACAGCAGGCAGGUGACAAAUGCCCUGAUUGGAGGAGGGGCAACCCUGGGAAUUGGCUUCAUUGCUGUUCUUGGAUACUCUCUUUUAAAGAGGCGAUCCCAAAACCAGUGACAGCCUGAAGGAGCCACAAAUCCUGCAUCUGGGCACAUCAAUGGAGACACCUCACGGCUCUUCUGUCUGCUGGACCCUUGCCCUCAGGCAACCUUGGUUCUGUUUCUCCCCUUCCCUCACUCACUGGCUGAAGGAUGGGCUAAUUGUAUCAAAACCAAAGAAUCAGUAAGUGUAUCUUAAGAAAGGAAUUCCAUUAUAUUUUUUAGAUUAUGAGCAAAAAAGGAAGAAAGGAACAUUAAUUUGGCACCUGUUGGGUUCUCUCAGCAAUUUCUAGCUAAGUGACCUUGGGAAGAGCUCUUGACUCUCAGAGCUUGGGUCCCACCUUCUGUGGGAUUGGGGUAAUGAUCCAUUUCUCAGUGAUGUCAUCAGGAUUCAGUACGGUCAUGUGGAGAGGACACUCCGUGAUGUCUGGUGCCUAGCUGGUAUCUGAUGGGUUGUCUACAUCUGUCCACCUAGACUAGCCAUUGCUGUCAGGACACAUGAUUCCUUUUACUAUUGGGGUGCCUAAAAACCAAACUCAACAACUGAAUUUUGUCCCUCUGUAGCCACAACACCUGGUGCUUGAACCCCUGACCCCACAUGUACAUUUCCCAACAUCUUCCCAAGGACCUCCCUCACUCAGACCUCCUUUUAGCUUUCUUUGUCAACUCCAAGUCUGGUCCUCAUCCUCUGUGAGUACCAGAUAGAAAUAUAUUGACUUUCCAUGCCUAAAUUGCAUGGCUUGAAGUUCCCCCUAGUUUGAAUGCUGAAAAUUAACCACCUCAAUUUUUGGGCAGUGAAACUACUCUGUAUGAGACUAUAAUGAUGCAUAGGCCCCAUAACACAUUUGUCCAGACCCACAGAAUGUACAAUGCUGAGAGUGGACCCAAACGAAACUGUGAACUUUGGGGGAUAAUGACACGUCCACGUGGGGUCAUCAGUUGUAACAACAGUGGAUGUUCCGCUGAGGGAUGUAGGUAGUGGGGGAGGCUGUGCAUGGAGUGAGAACAGGGUGUCCAGGAACUCUCUGUACCUUCAACUCUGCUGUGAAGCUACAAUGGCUCAAAAAAAUAAAGUUUUUAAAACAAAUUAA